AUAGAAUAUUUUCCUACCCUGCAGAGCACUGGAACAUUGACCCAUCCUCAGAUGCUUCCCAUUGGUGAGAGUGGAAGUGUUCCAAAUGUGCCUCUUGGUCAGAGUCUUAGUAUGUCCAGCAUGUCUGUUGGCCAAAGUGGAGGAGGACCUGUUGGCCAGACAUUUCUUCAACCUGCUACCAUGGUUCCACAGGUAUCACCAAGUGUACCUCAACAAUAUUUUCAGGAUGCUCCAUACCUGACAAGUGCAGAACACCAUUCUUCUUCAGGAUCUGUUCCAGCCAAUGGAGAAGAUCCACUGCAGCUCUUGGCGAAUGGGAAAUCGGAGAAAUUAAAGCCUCAAAGAAGAGCUUCCUGUCAGAGAACUGAGAAAGUUUCACAUCAGUUUCAACUUAGCAUGCUUCAGGUGUCUGGCAGUGGGGACAAUAUGGUAGAAUGUCAAUUGGAGACCCAUAGCAACAAGAUGGUGACAUUCAAAUUUGACAUCGAGGGGGAUGCACCUGAGGAUAUAGCAGAUUACAUGGUGGAAGAAGACUUUGUUAUUGAUGUGGAGAAAGAGAAAUUUGUUGAGGAGCUUAGAGCAAUAGUUAAGAAAGCCCAUGAACUUCUUCAGACACAUUCACAGACUGGAUCCACUGACCAGUUACAUGUGAGCACUCCAACUAGCUCAAUGGACUCAGUUCCUCAUUCCUCCCCAGUGGGACGCUGGCGAUUCUUUAUUAAUCAGACCAUCCGCCAUAGAGACUCCCUUUCCAGCCCGGGAGCAGCCACAUCACCAGCCACUGCAGAAACACGGAUUCCCCAGUCCCCUAAAAAAGAGAAAGAUACUUCCCCCCACUCCCCAUCCUCAACUACCUCCUCUACCACCUCUCGUUCCUCCUCUACCUCUCCUGAACCAGAGAGGGAUGGAGCAGGAGAGGAUGGUACCUCAGAAGUGCCCAACUCCGUGGAGCAGGGCCCAGUGGAGCAGCAGCCCGGCCCAUCCCUCCCCUCCACCUCUGCCUCGUCCACCCCGCCUACCUCCCUCCUGCCUCCGAAUCAGGAUGACUCUGCUGGGCACCAACGCCCACCUGUACCACGAGAGCCAACCAUUCUUGCUGUACCCCCACACUCUGAUACCAGUGCCACUGGAGACGCAUCACGGCCCCCCAAUCAGCACCCGAUCCCCCUCCGGCACGGACAGCAGCAGCACAAUGCAGGAGGUGGAUAUUUUGGCCUAAACCUGACAUGUCCUAGUAUCAGAAAUCCUGUUAGCAAGAAAUCCUGGACUCGAAAAUUCAAAAACUGGGCAUGCAAACUGCGCCACUCCGCCAGCUUGUUCAAGAAGCCCAGAGUCCAGCAAGACGGACAUUCAAGCAGCCAGGCACUUAAAGAUGACAAGGAGGUGGCCCCAUUAAACCCACCUCAGUCACGCAAAGGGCGCUUUCAGGUGACUCCAGUGCUCCAGACCUCUCUCCCAAAGGAUGUGCCAUCAGGCCAUGGUAGCAGGAAAGUGGGACGCUUCUCUGUAACCCAGGCUGAGACUAGGAAAGAGGACAGACAGACUGACAGCUCCCCAGUGUCUCCUGAUUUGGAACGAGAGAGGAGGAAAUCUCGGGCAAAGGAAGGGGAUAAAGAGGAAAGUAAGAGGACCCCAUCAAUGGCCCACAUGCCUCGAGGUCAUGGACACAGCCACUCGCCACUGGGCAGCAGCGAUGACGAUGAUGAGAGUGAACUGGAGGAUGAAGACUUGAGGAAAGAAUUACACAAGCUCAGAGAGAAGCACAUCAAAGAGGUGGUUUCCCUUCAGGCCCAGCAGAACAGAGAACUUCAGGAACUGUACAGACAGCUUCGUUCCCUCAAAGACCAAAGGCAGAGUCUGCCCGUCUCCCUGUCGCGAACUCCUCCUCUUCCCACAGGACCUCCCCUCCUCUCUCCUCGCAGACCCAGACCAGCCAAAUCCAAGCUUCGGUCCCGGCCUCACUCUCACAUGGACAACAACGGAGUUACACACUCUGGGAUGCAGCAGUCAAGUAGUUUGUCGGGUGGUGAACAAAGUAGACUGUCGUUGUAUUGCAACCCAGAGCACCACACUUCACUGCCUGCUAAAAGAGAUCACAGUCCUCUAAGAAAAAGCACAUUCACAGAUGAACUGCACAAACUAGUUGACAAUUGGACAAAGGAACCAGUCGGCUCCGCUCCACCCAAACCCUCACUGAAUCAAAUCAAGCAGAUUCAGCAAGUGCAGGAGUUGGGAGGCUGGAGUCAGUCAUCAGAGGUGCCUCCUCCAGGUUGGUUUCCAGUGGCUCAGCUGAACCCCCAGGUACCCUCCACCCCUGCCAGCCUGACCGUGCCGGCCCCUUCCCAGUACACAGUUGGAGGAAGCCUGUCCACACUGCACUCUCCGGGACCACCACCGCCGCCACAAACGCACAUGGCUCAAGUGCCACAAAUGCAGCAAAGUUUACACCUCCAUCAGUCUCUCCCCCUGCAGCAGAUGACCUAUCAGCAGUCCCCGCUCCGGCAGCAAAUACCACAGCCCCGGAUGCAAACUCCCAUUCAGUCCCAGUUGCUAUCACAGACACAGCCCAUCACCCAGCUGCCCCACUCGCCCCCUCAGAGCCAACCGCUGCUGCCUUCCCAAAUGCCCACAUCACCGGUGUCCACAGCUGCGUCUCUGUGUGGCACCACUGCACCCACAGAUAGCACCGCUGCGACUGGGGGGCUUUUUGCUCGUGUUCCUCAUCUUCUUCCACCUGUUCCUCCUCUUGUUCUACUGCUGCUCUACCUUCCAGUGCCAAAAUUCACCCAACACCCCCCACCUCAACUCUUCCUCUGGGACAGAAAUGAAACUGAGCGAAGUGUGAGGUCAAUGUGAAGGUCCAAGAGAUGGAAAUUCUGCGUGGGUCAGGAUGUAAAGCAGAUCCAUUUGAAGUGUUAGUUCUGUGUAUGUGUGAGAGAGUUGUGACUGCAGUGAAUACGUGGAUUCCAGUGGACUUCUGGAUAAGAUGGGAAAUGAAUGUGAAAUAAAGAUGAUAGAUUCUAGCAUGUACAGAUAGAGGGUAACGUGGAGCACAGCAGCUGGGGUUUAUGAAUCAUGAUAUGUUUGGAUGUGGAGAUGUACAAAGUCUUUAAUGUGUGAGUGUGUGCAUUUAUGAGUGUGGUCAGUGUUUAUGGAUUAUCUGAGUACAUAUCACUUAUGUCCUUGGACACAAAUUAACUGUCAUGUUUUUGUUUGCAAACCAACUCAGCUGGACCUGAAAUCUCACUAAGCAGAGACAAGAAGGACAAAAUAUUUGACAGUGUUGACAUUUUAUGUUUAAUUUGUCAACGCUCACAGUGAAAGGACUAUCAAUUUUAAAAGUGCAAUUAGUAGUGGUCAUCUAAACUGAUCAGCACGUAUUGUAUUGAUUUGUCUGUAAGGCAUAAAUAUUUUUGUAGAAGCACAGUGAUGAAUACCAGAUGCGUAGAGGAUUUUUUCAUGAUCAUUUAAAACUGUAGGCCUGCAGCACAAGGCAUUUCAAUGGGCAGUUAAACCUUUCAAAACAACAGCAUGUUACGCCGUUGAGUGCGGAAAACUUAACUGGCUUUCCUCAUUGCCGCAGUGCAACCAAAUGCACCGUUGCAGUGUCGUGUACCGGAACAGCAUGUGCUUAAUUUGUAUCGUUUAUGUUUGUAACUGAAAAAAGUCUGAAUUGAUGAGAUCAGAUGAAUUCAUAACCUGAUGGUAAAUUGAAAUACGCCAUCUGUGUUCAGUGAAUGCCUCGGUACACUCAGCCUGCAUGACCUUAUGACUGACUUGACUUGCCUGAGUGCAAACUGCUUGCACUUGCUGUAUAUUCAUGAAUCUCACAGUUACUAUUUGCGGCCUACUGAGGUAAUCAGUCAUGAGUAAAUUUGCUUUCGGUAUGAUAUGCUUUCACAUUUGACAUUUUUGCUUUCAGUUUGAGCUCCACAUAUCAAACAGUAUCAGUGUCAUGCUGAGGAGGAAGAUGAAAAAGAAAAAAAAAACUGCCAAGUUAUUAUUGACAGGGGAAACCACAUGGGUUAUUCUAAUAUUGCCUUUUAAGAUUACUGCAUUUUUGUGAGUGUGUGAGUGUAGUUUUCUGUGUGACAAAGCUUUGUGACAGUCCCAUCGUAUAGUGCGUUAUAAAUUGCAUCCUUGUUUCUUUCAUUCAAAGCAGCCUCGCAAACGUCACUGUACUCAAAUGGAAAUGUUUACUCUACCUAUGUUUUGGACUUGCUUCCUCAAGAAAUGAGAUCUUAGAUCCUAUACCGGCUGUAAAUUUGAUGUUCAACACUGUUGUGAGAUCCUCACUUGCCUAUUCGUCAGUUUUAUUUGGCAUUGUAUAAAUUCCUUAUUUCAACUGUGAACUACCUAGUCUUUGACAAUAGGCUGUCGGUGUGAAAGCAUCGAUCAGAAGCUCAAAUGUGGGCCAUAACUGUGCUUUAUGCACACCGCUAAAGGUUUACUCAAGUCAAAAAUGUUCCUUUCCUCAAUUCAAAACUCAUGACAUUAGUCGACGCAGAGAUACGCAGCGUAAUAUAUCAGCAGGGGAUAUAUUACUGUGCAUUUUAUUGGCUUAUCAGUGCACUUAGCCAUACUCACAUUUGACCAUUGAUGGUCAGGAGUUAAUAAAUUUUUUGGUGUAAUAAGUAGCCUGUAGUCGAAGCAGCAUUUCUGUUUUAUUAAUGAUGGAGAGAUUGUGUGCCACAGAAAACAGCAGAUUGUACAGGAUGGUAAAGACUGCUAAACGUGAAUCAAAGACAUAAAAAAAAACAUGAACAGUUAAGGAGGAAUAGUUCAAGCUAAAGGGUAUGGUUGUUCAGAAACUGCAUAAUCUAGAAUAUAAAUUAUACAGUUCUCUGUAUUUGUUGCUUUUCAAAACUACCCACAUUUUCACAGAGAUAUUCAUUAUUAGUGAAGGUGAAAUACUGUGCUGUCAUGUCUGAUACUAACAUGUAUCUAACAAGCUGCAGCUUAAGGAUCAUGAUUCAUGAUGUCAGGCUGGCUUUGUCCUUGAAGUGUUACCAAAAUGUUAUCUAAAAAUAAAGAUUAUUUUUGUAUUUUGGAAUGGGGUUGUACAAAUUGUAAAAUGGUGUUCUCAUCACUAUAAAUCAGAGGUUAUUUGAAUCUAGAAAAGGCAUGGUUUUCAUUCCUGUUUGUGUGGGACUCCCUGUUUUGAUAUACCUCUCUGAGUCGUGACAGGCCAGGAUCAUUUCAGAUUAUGGUCAAACCAUUUUUGUUCAUGUUUGGCAUUUUAUUUCAGCUUUGAGCAUGAAAAGCCCAGAUGAUACAUCGACAGAAUGACGCUGACCUUAAAGGCUACAGGUCAGAUAUAAUCUUACAAAUUGAUGCGACAAAAUCUGGGGAGUCUCAAAAUGGCACGACUGAGAACCAAUGAUCAAAAUUUGGGCAAAAAAAACCUAGAGAAAAAAAGUAUGUUGCUGGUGAUUAGCCUCUGUAAAUUGUAACUAAUUCAACUGUUGAUUUUAUUUAUGUUUUGUAACUAAUCAAAAUAAAUGAUGUUAAACAUCAAA